AUGGUUAAGGAAGACGCUUUGUUCUCGACCUCAGACAGUUUGAUCCGAGACGAUAUGAUCAACGGAAAGUUCCAGGGCUUUUUAGCCCUCUCUAGGGAGUAUCGCCUCAGUUUAAGCGAGAAGAUGUUGAUGGAAGAGAAGAGAAGACUGCGAGAGACAGAGAAGGAGAGAUGGCCGCAGGAGGAAGAGAAGGAGAGGAGGCUACAAGAGGAAGAGAAGAGAAAGCCCGCGUUUCUAGUAGAAACAAAUGGCCUGCGAUGCAAGCGAUGUACUGCCACAAGAAACAAUAGUGUGGCACAAAGUUUUGCUGAGGUUGCAUAUUGCGGCUCAUGUCUUGUUGAGCUCGUCAACUUGGAAAUGAAGUGUCUGCCAGAUUCACGCCAAGCGAGACUCUAA